GGCCGGGCUCGACCAUUUCUGCGGGCGCGGGGACGCGGGGCCGAGCCCCGGGCAGCGCCUUCCCCGAGCUUCAGCACCGCGGGCCGGACAGCGCCCGCCGGCCCGAGCGGCUCCCGCGGGGCCCCGCCGAGGGCCUCGAUCCCCGCACGAUGUUCCUCCGGCUGGCGGUCGCGGUGCAGGUGCUGUCGCUGCUGGCGAGCCGCGCUCACGGCUUCCCCAGACCCGCGGGCAAAGAUAAAGCUAUACACAACAGACAAUUAAGUGUAGAAAGACCUUUGGAGGAACAGAUUGCUGAAGCUGAGGCAGAUAGGAAUAGGAAAACAGCUCCCACAGAAAAUAAGCCAGAGUUCAGGAAUUAUUCCUUUGUUGAUGACCUGAACCUGCUAAAAUCAGUAGCAGAAAGAGAGAGGAAUGAAAAGGAGAGGGAGUCAAUUAGAAGCUCUUUGUACGAACAGCAACUGGCCGUUGAUGAUGCAGACUCCACCAAGAACCGCAGGCUAGUGGAUGACUAUGACUCCACUAAAAGUGGGCUGGAUUAUAAAUUCCAAGAUGAUCCAGAUGGCCUCCAUCAAUUAGAUGGCACUCCUUUGACUGCUGAAGACAUUGUUCAAAAAAUUGCUGCAAGAAUUUAUGAGGAAAAUGACAGAGGAGUGUUUGACAAGAUUGUUUCAAAACUUCUAAAUCUGGGGCUAAUCACAGAGAGUCAGGCCUAUACCCUGGAGGAUGAAGUGGCAGAGGUUUUACAACAGCUAAUUGCAAAUGAAGCAAAGGAACGUGAGAAGGAGUCUGAAGACUUUGAUUACACUGCAAGCAGAGCAGACAGUGAUCCAAAGGAAAAACAACAGGAAAGAAUGACACCAAGCAAAUCUUAUCAGGAUAGUAUCAUUAAUGGAGAGAUUGAUGAUACACUGGAUAACACAUGGUCAUCAUCUAAUAUCUUGGAAAGAAGAAAUGAGCUGCCUUCUGAAGAUAAUUUUGAAGACCUCCAAUACUUUCCAAAUUUUUACGCACUAUUAAAAAGUCUUAACUCAGAGACAGAGACAAAAGAGAAAGAGACCUUGAUAACUAUCAUGAAAACCCUGAUUGAUUUUGUGAAGAUGAUGGUUAAAUAUGGAACAAUCACACCAGAAGAAGGAGUUUCCUAUUUGGAAAACUUAGAUACAAUGAUAGCUGAGCAGACGAAGAAGAAGCUUGAGAACCCUUCCACUAAAACCAGAACAAAACUAACAGCAGACAAGAGUAGUGAAGAAGCAGACAGUACAAAGGAAGAAGCAGCUAAAAUGGAAAAGGAAUACGAAGUUUCAAAGGAUUCUACAAAAAAUGAAGGACAAAAUGCAGCAGGAAAUAGUGAAGAGUCUGGAGGGAAAUCUGAGGCAUAUUUGGAAGCAAUCAGGAAGAACAUAGAAUGGCUGAAGAAACACAAUAAACAAGGUAACAAGGAAGACUAUGAUCUUUCAAAGCUGAGGGAAUUCAUUGAUCAGCAAGCUGAUGCUUAUGUGGACAAGGGCAUCCUGGACAAGGAGGAGGCUGAUGUAAUUAAACGCAUCUAUGGCAGCCUGUAAAAGUCAGUGGCUGCCAGACAUGUAGAAGACUAGUCUAGUUUCCCCCACUCCUGUCUCAGUGACUUAUGAUCUGUUAAUUUGAGGAUAUCAUUAGAAAUGCUCUGUUUACAUUGUACUGACAACUUUCUAGACAGCAAUGAAGAGCUGUAGUGCUCCAUUCACCCUCUGCAUCCUGUAUUUUCCUACAUUCACUAAUCAACCCUAAACACCAAAUUCUGACAGUGAAUUUCUAUUGGAUAGGGUCAAUAUUUCUGUAAUGUUCUCUUUGAUUUAUUGUGUUUGGUUUACUUUUGUAGAUCAACCAAUUGUUUCUGAUGGAAAGUUCUUUUAAUGCUACAUCUUUUUGCUCACACUCAACAAGCUUUCUAUAGAUGCAACUAUGUAAAGGGCAUUAUUAGAAAAUAGUUCAUAGUUCUCUAAAUAAAAUAUUUGAAAAUUAUUUACCUAUUAAAGUUUUCAUUAAUCUUAAUAUUAUUUUAUAUUCAGAAAUUUUGUGUUUAAAUCUUAAUAUCUUUUAUUUGAUCCUUUUUUAUUUCUUUAUGUAGUAUCCUGUAAUUUGGACUGUAGUGUCCUUAGCUAACUGAUAAAUCUUUGACAUUACCAUUGCCUUUCAUAUUACAGAGCUGUAUUCUCUUCUUCAGCAUGUAUGAACAUUCUCUUUGGUGCACCAUUUGAUGAUUGUGCAUGCAUAAUUAGUUGAAUUCCUGAUGUGAGUAUCCUGAUAGCAAGUGUAAAUAGCUGUUACUUUCUCUAAAGAAAAAAAAAAAAAAGGAAAGCAAUUCAAGUUAUUUUGCAUGGAAAGGGAAGUUUGCAACUAGAGAUGUUUUUAGGAACAUGGGCCUUGCUUUUCAGAAAGACUUAAAGAAUCCAUCAUAUCUCAGUGUCUCUGAAUAUCAAGGCUGUGGUCUCUUUACUGACCUCUGCUCUGUGUUGAGCAGUAUCAUCUUGUAAAUUUUCUUUUUUUUUUUUUUUCCUUAUAUAGAUGUUGUCAUUAGCCAAGAAUUUGGUACUUCCCAAUGAAAAAGGAAAACAAAAAAUGGGGUCUUUUGUCUUUAAGUGAAUGGAUAAUUUUAUAAAUGAAGAACUCAUAAAACAAGAUCAAAGGUAAGGAAGUUUUUAGAAAGGGAGAUUUUAAACUGAGUUGCAGAAGAUGUAAGUCCUGAGACUUAUCACCUGCAGCAGUUAUUUGUGUAGAUGAACUCCAGGAAAACCCUGUUCUCUUUACUUACGGAUUCUUCAUUGAUAAUUGAGGUUAUCCCUCUCUGAUUUUUUAAAAAACACCUUAUGAUAUCUCUGAGAUUGAUACAGUUAAAAAAUGUCAGCUGAUGCAGAGGUUGGAAUCUGCCUGCAGUGAAGGGAGAUACUGACUUACAGCACUGCCUGCACAGCACAAAGUUCUCUAAAUGUUAAAACACUUCCUUGGGUCAUUUCCCUUCUCAUUUUCUUAGCAUAGCUGGAGAUUAGGGAGGAAGAGAUUUGAGCAAUGAAGUAAACUCUGGAAUCUCUGAAAAACAUAAAUGAUCAACGGAUUAUUGAUAAAUUAUCAACUGAUAACCAGUAUUAAGUGAAUGUGAUGGUAGUGAGGUAUAACAGCACAACUCUUCGCAAACUGAUGACACAUAAGCCAGUGAAUGGUUUGUGGCAGACAGAGCACGUCACUGCCUGCUCACACACAUCCUGAUAUGAAUCACUGAACUGCAGUAUCAGUCACUAAUGGGGAUUUAUUUUUUAAGGCAAAAUCUGUAUCCAAAAACAUAGUCAAUAUAAGCUUCCUCUUUAAAAAAUAGUCCUUUAGGAACUCUAGAGAAAAUAAUUAGGGAAAAGAAUUCCUGUUAUUUCGAAUCAGUCUAUUUGUUCUCAUCCAAACCCUCUAAUUUGUUUAUUGUUAUUUGCUAAUGUUCCCAAAGAUCCAAAUUUCUUGUCCCUGUGGAUCUCAAUUGUGUUCUGCAACAGCUUGUGACUUAUUUUCCUGUGUGACUAUCACACAGGAAAAGCAGACUGAUUCACAAAUAUGGAUUUUUGAAAGAAAUCAGGAGAAUGGUAACUAACUGUAGACCUUUAAAGCAGUGAUCAAGGAUCUGCAUGUGAAAAAACAAAAAAGGACAAACUUUUCUUCCCCAAUGGUUACUUUAAAAAAGACCCCAAAUUUUCUUCUCCUGUCAAUAUAAUGAGUAGUAUAAUAAUAUUUUCAAUUUUCAUUGUAAGUUAGUUUCUUACUUUGGUCUCUCAUGAGUCUGGUACUAAUGGGAAGAUGUCAUCAGCUAGUGACCUGUGAUUAUGAACAGUAUGUGUCCACAAAAAGGAUCGUGCCAUAUUUGUUAAUCUCUCAGUUUUGCAAAUUCUAUAACUUCAACAAAGUAUCAAUGACAUAAUUUAGAGAAAAAAAAAGUCCCAACAAUGGGUAUGACCUGAUUGUAUUUCAGAGUAUGCAUGUUCUUGGACUGUUCUUACACUGCUGCUGUGCAUCACUUGGGGUACACACUUAGAUAAUUGGACCAACCUGACGAGUAGCUGAGAACAGGGAAGCCUCUGAUGGAUAAACCAGCAAUCCCAGCUAUGCUUCCUCAAAUUAGAUUCACUUCCCAGCCUGCCCAAGCCCACUAAACUUGUUAUUUGAAUGCUUCACAUACUGGUUUCAUUGCUGGUACAUUGGAUGAACAUCUAUCAGUACAUCACACCUUUCAGAACUAGACAGUGAAAACCCAGCCAGCCUGAUGAAUCACCCUGCGUUUUUAAGGGGCUGUGACUUGUGCUAAAUAAAAUCAAACCAAGUGACGCAGGUUUCAACCUGCACUACAGAUCAGUCCUUGUUUUUCUGGGAACACUUCGAGCACAUUAGGACUGGACAUCCCCUGCUGAUGUGUUUAGUCCAUAAUUAGUAAAUCUAAUUAUUGCAUUCUUCCUGGUGAGAAAGGUAUCUUCAACACCUGCAUGUCUGUGGUUCUAAACUGACAAAAAUCGGUUUCUGUGUGUUGUUUAUAUCUCUGCUGGAUCCUUCAGAAAUCCUUCACUCCUAAAUUAUCACUGAAAAUGUAACAAGUACAAUAUAUAUGGUAUUCACCUUUUGAGCUUUUCUAAUAGACUAUUGUUUCUGAUACUGUACUUUAUUAAACACUUUACUACAAGCUA